AUGCAAUCUUUGGUUUCAUCAAAGUUUCUUGUGCUGGUUGGAGAAUCAUUCCCUAUGAGAAGGGCUUUAUUGAAUCCUAGGUUUGCUUGGUUUCAUAGUAGUGUUAGAUGUAUGAGUAAUGUUGAACCCAAUCACGGUUCUCUCACCCUUUCAAACCUUGGUUUGGAAACUGAAAUUGAGCCUAAGGUUAGAACUAAGUCAAAAAUUGUUAAGCCAUUAGGUUCAUCUGAGGGGUUCAAGAAUAAAAGAAAACCCUUUGGAAAUAGGGUUUUGAAUAAGCAAGAAAUAGAGUCUGCCCCUUUUGCGGCUAAGUCGUUUUCGGAACUCGGUGUUCCGGAGGUUUUGAUUCAGAGGCUAGGAAAAGAGGGUUUCGAUGUUCCGACCGAGGUUCAAUCUGCUGCGGUUCCGACAAUUUUGAAGAACCGUGAUGUUAUAAUUCAGUCAUAUACUGGUUCGGGGAAAACGUUGGCUUAUCUGCUUCCUAUAUUGUCGGUUAUCGGGCCGUUGAGAGGUGAGAAUUGUGGUGGUGGUGGUGAUGGUGGUGAAACGGGGAAGAAAUUGGGUGUUGAAGCGGUGAUUGUUGCUCCGUCUAGGGAGCUUGGAAUGCAGAUAGUGAGGGAGUUUGAGAAGAUAUUGGGAAUGGAUAACAAGAAAAUGGUGCAGCAGCUUGUGGGAGGUGCGAACCGAACUAGGCAGGAAGAGGCUUUGAAGAAAAAUAAACCUGCCAUUGUUGUUGGUACACCGGGUAGGAUAGCUGAGCUAAGUGCGAGUGGGAAACUUCAUACACACGGGUGUCGGUAUUUGGUAUUGGAUGAAGUUGAUGAGCUUCUUUCGUUUAAUUUCCGGGAAGACAUGCACAGGUUAUUGGAGCAUGUUGGGAGGAGAUCGGGUGCAGACCUAAACUCAAAUGCGAAAAAGACCGAGCGUCAAUUAAUUAUGGUUUCCGCAACUGUUCCGUUUUCGGUUGUAAGAGCAGCUAAAAGCUGGGGUUGUGAUCCACUUCUUGUUCAAGCUAAGAAAAUUGUACCGCUUGAAACUUUGUCUCCUGAGCCGGUCAAUUUGUCACCGAGCUCGAACAGUACCUUGUCUAAGCCAUCUAAGGCCGCAGUCGAGAGUCUACCUCCAGCAUUGAAACACUAUUAUUGUGUAGUGAGGUUGCAACACAAAGUUGAUACAUUGAGAAGGUGUAUUCAUGCGUUGGAUGCAAAAUUCGUGAUAGUUUUCAUGAAUCAUACUAAGCAGCUAAAGGACGUUGUCUUCAAACUGGAAGCCCGUGGGGUGAAAGCCGCAGAGUUACACGGAGAUCUCGGGAAGCUCGGUAGGUCGACAACUCUGAAGAAGUUCAAGAACGGCGAGGUUAGAGUUCUUGUGACAAAUGAAUUGUCAGCAAGGGGUUUGGAUGUGGCAGAAUGUGAUCUUGUGGUUAACCUCGAGUUGCCGACGGAUUCGAUUCACUAUGCACAUCGAGCCGGUCGAACAGGUCGGCUUGGUAGGAACGGUACGGUGCUAACCAUAUGUGAAGAGUCAGAGGUUUUUGUUGUGAGAAAAUUGAAGAAGCAACUUGAAAUACCGAUAGCAUGCUGUAAUUUUGUUGAAGGAAAGCUUCUUGUCACGGAAGAAGAAGAGCAUACACCAAGCGACACUUCUUGA